AUGAGGCUGCUCAAAUGGACUCAGAAAGACAGGCCACCAGUCCUGCUCAAAGUGAGAUCCUCGGUCAGCCUCAUUGUUACCACUUGUUCCUUUGCCAUCUUCACUGACAUCUUUCUCUAUGGUGUCAUUGUUCCCAUUCUUCCUUUCUCCUUUGAGGAACGAGUUGGAAUUCCUCCGGGCAGAGUGCAGUAUUGGGUUUCAAUAGCAUUGGCCGUGUUUGGUGCUGCCCUCUUGGCGAGUUCUCCUGUUUGGGGUUAUUUGGCCGACAGAAUCCAUAAUCGCAAGAUCCCCAUGCUCAUAGGUCUGGUCGUUCUAUGCGGAGCUACCAUCUUCUUGUGCCUUGGUCGGUCUCUUGCCCUUUUCAUGAUUGGCCGCGCUUUGCAAGGUAUUUCUGCGGCAUUGACCUGGACUGUUGGUCUUGCGUUGGUUGUUGACACUGUUGACAAGGAGAAUGUCGGUAAAGCUAUGGGUUGGAUCAGCACUGCUUGCAGUCUCGGCAUCUUGGUGGCACCUCUACUGGGCGGUGUCGUCUAUGGCAAAGGCGGUUACUAUUCCGUUUUUGCUAUGUGUUUCGGUCUGCUUGCUGUAGACAUUGCCCUUCGUCUUGUCAUCAUUGAGGUCAAGACUGCCAAAAUUUGGUUUGACAGGGCGGAAACUGCGGCGUCAGCAGAUCCGGAGGGCAUUGUGGGUGGUCAGAAUGAAUCGAGAGCCGACAAGAGCGAAGACAGCCCCGUUCAAACAACUGAAUAUCAGGACAAGCGCUCACCUGUCAAGACUCUAGUCAACCUUUUGAAGCAGCCUCGAUUCUUGGCUGCUCUCUGGGGAACGUUUGUCCAGGCACUCAUCAACACCGCGCUCGAAAGUACGCUUCCCCUUCUCACGCAUGAGAUCUUCGGAUGGGACUCAAUAGGGGCCGGACUGAUCUUUCUGCCUUUGAUUCUGCCGUCCUUUCUUGGUCCUGUGGUUGGUAUGAUAGGCGAUCGGUAUGGACCUAAAUGGCUCGCUUCUUUUGGCUUUCUCUUUGCAACUCCCUUUGUUACAUGCCUAAUGUUUGUCGAUGAAAACACGAUCCAGAACAAGAUCUUACUGUGUGGCCUCCUUACCGGCGUAGGUAUUACUAUGGCCUGCAUCUUCGGUCCGUUGAUGGCCGAGAUCACUUGGUCUGUUCAGGGCGAUGACGACACAGGCGGAGGACAGAUUGCCCAGGCGUACGGUCUGUACAACAUGGCAUAUUCGGGGGGCUCUUUGGUAGGACCUAUCAUGGGCGGAAUGGUCAAGGAUAGUUCCGGAUGGGGGACGGAAGAACUGAUUCAGACUGCUUUGCUAAUGACUGAGGUUUACACGGCGAGAUAUAUCCAGGACGCAGACACCCUCUUGAACCCAUCCAACAACAUGGAGCAACAACAUAUUGACCAGCUCCUCGAGCGCUAUCUCAGCCUUCUGGACGAGUACACUCAACUACGCCAAAGGCUUUCUCAAAUUCAGUCUGUUGUCUACCAAAACAUCGCUCGAGCGAAUUUCUCCGGUGAGAGAGGCAUGAGAUACGGCCAGGACCAUUACGACGAAAGAAUGCAGGCGACACGGCUUCUUUCUAUCAAUCAGGAUGAUAGUCCAAGUCCAGAUUUCUCAAUCUACAAUUUUAUUGACGAAGAUGAAGAGGAGGAGCUAGAAAAGGACGGGUCAGAAACGGGAGAGAAGAAACCAAAAGAAAAAAAGCGGAACAGAAACAAGAACCCUUUGCACUGGUUUGGCUUAUUUGCGCCCAUGCCUCUUCGCACCGCUCAGGCACAAUCUGCUCAAGCAGUAGAGGAGAUUAUCCCCAGGCUAGUCUCUGUCAACGCUGAAAUGCUUGAGACUGAGAUUGAGGUGCGGCGGGCUCGAAAACGCCGCGCCAAAGCAGAGGCAGCAGAGAAAAGGAUAGACCGAGUUUCCACCGACACUCAACCGCAGGGUACAGAAACAAAAUAG